UUUAAAUGAAGGUGUUGGAAUUGAUUUUUUAAAUGAAGGUGUUGGAAAUGAUUCUUUAAAUGAAGGUGUUGAAAAGGCUUCUCUAGCCCAAAGUGCUGAAAGCAGUGUCAGCAGUACUGUUAUAAACGAAAAUGUUGAAGAUGCAGCCAGAAAUGAAGAUAAGCAAAAUGCUUCUGAAAAUGAACAGUGUCAGAAAUGCUUCAGAAUAUUUCUCAACAAAUCUUGAAUACCUCUGUGCUGUUGACGUGAAAUACUAUGAUUUGCCAGCUGGUUUAAUUGUUCCACUUGUACAGAUGGAAGAUACUGAAUAUCAACCUAUUGAUCCAAAUGAUGUUAAGCUUCCAUCUUCCUACCCUGUUGAUGAAUGUUUGAUAAAAGCAUGUGAUGAUUUCUAUCGCAAUACACCACAAGACAGUAUGGGCUGGGGAGAAGGGGCGCUGGAUGAAUAUCUGGAAACCAAGCAACAAAUAAGAGAGAAAAGGUUAAGAGCGUUUGUACAGAUGCAGAUGUCACAGAGAAGAAAAUCACGGUCUCUUUCACCAAAAGGCAGUGACCUUGCUCGUUUUGACACGAAGCAUCGGGCCAGGUCACUGAGUCCAUCGGCCUUGAUUGCCGGAAAGCCCUCACCUGUGUUUAGAUCGGAUUCAUGUAAGCAUCUGUCCAGAUCAAGGAAGAGGAUAAGAUACUACAGAUCUCGUGCCGUGAACCGAAGGUUCUUGUCGCCUUCAGAACCAGACCAUGACAUUGUUGCUGCCCAUCUGCAUUCAGUGAGAAGUCGAAGUUACGGCUACAGAAGGAAACGGUCGCGGAGAAGCCGCAGUCCCAGUCCACCCGCCGUUCCGUAUCAGCAAACACGACGGUCGAGUCCACCUGUUAGUUCAUACCGAAGAAUCCGCAGGUCUAGUCCUGCGAAAGAUUUCCUCCAGAAGCGCAGAGUAUCAAGAUGGUCAUCACAGUAUUCUCCCAAGAAGGCCAAGCUCUUGGCUAAAGAAUCUAAGUGGGAUGAUGAUGAUGAUGAUGUGAAAAUAACGUCUGCUCCUUUAUUACCACCAACACCACCUUGUGCUGUACCUCCUAGUCCUGUGGUGGAGACUCGUCUCGGAGAAGACAACAAAGGUCAUCAGCUACUUAAAAAGAUGGGAUGGAGCGGCAAGGGGCUGGGAGUGGAAGAACAAGGUCGUAUGGACCCUGUGGAAUCGGCAGCUGUACGAGGCCAGGCGGACAAGUUCUCCGGCCUAGGCAUCAACUUAAAAGAUCGUUAUUCACAGAUCCACAAACACAAGGGUCAGCCAUGGGAUGUUAAUCUGACUGUGAAAAAUGAAGAACGAGAAAUGAAAUUCAUACAAGAGCUCUGUGCACUAGAAACGAUGAAGACAGAAACUCAUAAAACUUCAAUUAAUGCACCUGGAGUAUGUUUUUCACCUUGUCUGUUCUCUACAUCAGCUGCAAAUGAGACACAAAAUGACAAUCAGGAAAUCACCGCAUUUAAAGUCCCAUUACAGCCACCUAUAAAAGUUAAACCGAAGGCCAAAGUGAAAGUCCAGGCAGCUCAGCCAUCUCUGUGUGCUGAUGGAACCAGUCAGCCAGGUGUUCCUGUGACAUGUAACGACAGCCCAUCGGUAUCCACCCACCUAGUCGUGAAGACGAAGACGUCACUGUCGUACAGCAAACUGGUUGUCAAGUGGAAACCAGCUGGCCGCUCCUGUCCGGUCCUCAACUGUUCAACAUUAUUCUUCACCAGCCGAGACGACUUCGAGAAGCACUGGAAGGGAAAACAUCAUGAAUACCUAGACACGUACCAGUGUCCGGUCUGUGAAUACCAGUCGCUGAAUAUCAGCGAUGUCCAGGAUCACGUGAGGAGUGAUCACACUUUGGACGAUCCAUCGCUGCUGGAUCAGAUUAGAAAAACAGAAAGCAAUCACAAAAAUCCAGCCUAUUUGGCACCCGCUUGUUUUGUGUGGGAAGAUGAUGUGGGUAAGAUUAAAGAGAGAGAACAACCUGUAAUUAAGAAAGCUCCAUCACAGUUGGUGCCUGCUGCUCAAAUAAAUAAAGAUCAAGGCUUUGUCGAUAAUUCAGCAGUUAAAUCUGGUACAAAGUCUGCAGUAGUUACAUCUGCAUCUGCUCAGUCUACUACCAUUGUGGGACAGCUCACAACGAAACCUGAAGAUGUUGUGGUAUCAACAGGAACUCCUUUGCUCACAAAAUCAGCAUCUCUACCUGCUGCAAGUAAACUUACCAUUGUCCCUGUAACCAAAUCUCCAUCAGUUGUUUCUUCUUCAGAUUCCACCACUGGAGGUGAUGUUGCAACCACAGUGUCUACAACUCGGUCAGCAACAGCAAAAGUUUCCUCUGGUUCGACAACUGAAUGUGCUAUGAAAUUAACACUCUCUACAUUAACUGCCAAACCUACAACACAUUCGACUGCUGCUAAACAGACCCCAGCAUCUGCCACAGAAUCUGCUGUGGUCAAAUUGUCUACAAAUGUGUCUACUCUACCUAAAAUAAUAACAGGAAUGGCAGCCUAUUUGGAUACCGAAGAACCAAAUAUACCCUUUACUGAUGUAGCUGAAGUUUUAUGUGCUGAAGAAUCUAUUCCAGCUGAAUUGCCCACAUCUGCUAUAUCUGAAGAAAACAAUAUGCCAAAGAAAAAUAGAACCAAAACUUUCUCUCUCAAAAGAUCAGCAGAAUCAAUGAAUAUUACAAAGCCUGCUGUUUCAAAACAGUCUUCAGAAUCUAAAGCUAAAGGUUCUGUGACGACAUCCAGAAAAUCAGUAACAGAAAAUAUUACAAAGUCUACAACAGCAGAAUCGUCAUCAGAAUCCACAACUAAAUGUUCUGUCACGACCUUGACAGAAUCGGUAACAGAUAGUGUUACAAAGUCUACAAUAGCAGAAGAGUCUUCAGAAUCAUCAACUAAAUGUUCUGUAACAACAUCCACAGAAUCGUUAACAAAAAAUAUUACAAAGAGUAUAGUAGCAGAAUCGUCAUCAGAAUCCAUAACUCAAGGUUCUGUGACAUCUGCUGUUGCAGAACUCGAGACGAGAUCAGUUGUUGAAUCUAUUGAUGCAAAGAUUGUUAUGUCUGAUCCAUCAGUAGAGUUGGAAACUAAACCACUAGUUGACACUGGUGCUGAACUGGCCUCUGUUUCAAAUAGGACACUGAACAUUGCUUCCUCUGCAGUAUCAUAUUUAGAUGCUGAAACAAGAAAUACAUCUCCAUAUGAAAAAGAAGAAAAAAAGAUCGUCAUUACUACAAGCCCAGCUGGAGAAGUUGUUUGCCCCAUUGCAUUCUGUGAUGGAAAGACAUAUAAUACAGUUAGAGGAUAUAAUAGACAUUGGAAUGAUUUACACAGAAGUAAAUAUCCAGCUUUUGCAUGUCCAUCAUGCAGCAUGACAUCAAAACAACUUCCAGAAGUUAUAAAACACAUUAAAAAGCUGCAUAAUGAUAAGUCUCUGAUAGACAAAAUCCUGCGCAGAGCCUUGCCGAAUAAUAAACACCAGAAUCCAGGUCACUAUAUUUGGAUAGACCCUUAUGUCAAACAAGAAAAUGCAGUUUCUACCCCAGAGCAGUGUGGAGAAAUGAAAAUGAAUGCAGAUGUUAAAAGUAAUCAAACCCAAAUUGUGCAGCAGUCGAGUACAGAUUCCAGUAACAAAACCAAACAGGAUGAGAGUAGUACCAAAAUAUGUGGAUCACUUCAUGAUUCUCAGGAACAUAAGUCUCAGGAUUUUGGCACUGAAGCAAUGAAUAAAAAACCACCCACUUCUGAACAAAAUGCUGAUUUUGUGGACUUUAGUGAAAAGUCAAAAUUUGAAGAUUCGGAAACAAAUGUCAACUUAGUUUCCAAGAAGGAAAGUAAAGAGUUGAAUAUAGUGUCACAGACGCCAAUGGUGAAGCAAACUGGCACCAAAAUGGUGAUUCAAAAACUACCCAUUUCAGAACAAAAAGUUGAUGAUUUUCAAAUACCAAAUCCCAAGAAAUCUAAACAAAAUAUCCAGUUAGUAUCGGUGAAAAAAGGACAAACGUUUAAACCUGAAUCAGAGAUAAACAUGUUCAAAGAAAUUGACUCAAAAUCGGUGAGUAAAAAAACAUCCAGUUCAGAUCAAAAGGUUAAACAUCUGAAAAGCAGUAAAACACCAGUAUCUUUGGAAUCUGAACCAGCCAGCCGAUCCAUUUCAAAGAAACAAACUGAAAAAUCUACAGAAAAUGGCAUGGCACUGAAGGAGUGUGAUCAGUCUAAAACAAAAUUGCAGGGAAGUAGUUCCGAGGAAGCUGGCACACCAUUAACAAGACAAAGUGUUCCGGGGUCCACUUCACAACUAAAAGCAAAAUGUGUGGACAUUCGUGAAAAAAACAAAACAAAUGCCAAGACAGUUUCAAUGAAGGAAAGUGAAACAUCUAAAAUGAAAGCACAAAUAAAUAUUUCAGAGCAAACUUGUAUCAAAUCGGUGAGUACAAACAUAGUCAAAUGUGAUGAACAAGUUAAUACAGAAUCACAAACUGUUUCCAGAAAGUCAGAGCAAACUGGAACCAAAAUAUCUUCAUCUGGAUCUACGGUAGACAAUGUCAGUUCAAAUCCAAAGGGUAAAAAUGUAACUUUUAAACCGGUUGUUUCUGAAGAAAGUGUCAAAUCUGUUUUAUUGAAAGAAAAUAAGAAUCUGAACACAAAAUCAAAAGCAGUUUUAGACAUGCCAAAGAUCACUGAAACAAAAUCUGUGUCGACUUCAGAAACGACUUCCUCAGAUAGGAAAAAUGAACCAUCAAAGCAAUCUAUAUCUCCAGUAAAGAAGUCACCGGUUCAGACAAAGGGUAAAAGUUCUACAGCAGAUUCUGCUUCAGAGGCAACACCUGUGAAAUCUGAAGCCAUUGCCAAGUUGGAGGCCAUAAAGGAAGCUGACAUUUCUAAUACAAAACCUGAGAAAAAUUUACCAGAUCAAACUAGCAUUAAAUCAACAAUUCAAAAAGGAUCUCUUGGUGACAAACUUAAACAUAAAAAUAUUUGUGAGGCAGAAAAAACUGUGAAAUCUGAAGCAACUGCAAAGUCAGUUUCAGUGAAGACAAAUGAAAAGUCUAAACAAGAAUCCCAAAUAAAUAUAUUUAAGUCAGAACAAAGUGAUAUUAAACCAGCAGGUCAGAAAGAUACACAUGAUACUCACUCUAUCAAAUCUGAAGCAACUGCCAAGUUAGUUUCUUUGGGAAAAGGUGAAAAAUCUCAAAUUAAAUUUCAGACAAGUUUGUCUCAGCAAACUGGCACUAAAUCAGCAAGUCAGGUAUUAUCAAGUUUGCAUCAGAAAAUCAAAAAUGAAGAUUUAUGCGAGACCCAAAAAUAUGUGGAAUUACAAGCAAAUACUAAGUCAGUAUCAGUGAAGAAAAGUGAAGAGUCUAAACCAGAAUCACGGACAAAUACUUCAGAACAAACUAGCCCAAAACCAGUGAGUCAGACAAAGUCCACAGUAGGAUCAUCUUCAGAAAAUAUUAUUUUAGAUAAAAAAGCUAAACCUGUGGUUCCAAUAUCAACUGAAUCUGAAGUUAAAAAAUCAUUUUCACAAGAAAAGGGUCAAAAGUUAAAAACAGAAUCACAAACUGUUUCCAGUAAGUCAGAGCAAACUGGAACCAAAAUAUCAUCAUCUGGAUCUAUGGUAGACAAUGUCAGUUCAAAUCCAAAGGAUAAAAAUGUAGCUUUUAUACCGGUUGUUUCUGAAGAAAGUGUAAAGUCUGUUUUAUUGAAAGAAAAUAUGAAUCUGAACACAAACUCAAAAGAAGUUUUAGACAUGCCAAAGAUCACUGAAACAAAAUCUGUGUUGACUUCAGAAACGACUUCCUCAGAUAGGAAAAAUGAACCAUCAAAGCAAUCUAUAUCUUCAGUAAAGAAGUCACUGGUUCAGACAAAGGAUAAAAGUUCUACAGCAGAUUCUGCUUCAAAGGCACUUCAACACACUGCAACCAAAGCAGUGAACGUCAAAGGGUCAGAAUCAAUGGUAUCUGUUGACAAAAGCAUUUCAGUUUCAAAAGUUAAGCAUGUUAAUGUAGUCAGUGAUGUAACAUCAAAACAAGUUUAUUCCGAGGCAGAUAGUAAACAUAUUCAACCAGAGGAAAAUAAAAAGUCAAAAACUAAAUCGGAAACAGUUUCAGAUGUAAAAAAGCAUAUUGACCAUAAUAAAAAGGAUACUAAGUCCUCACUUUCGUCAAAUCCUUCAGUUUCAGUGCAAAAGACUAUUAAAACAAACAUAGGCGAAUCUAAAAUAAAGAAGACAAAUACUACGGAAUUGAAGAGUCGGGUACAUGCAUCUAUUUUAGAAAAGACAAUUUCAGAUCAAACAGAUAAAAUCUUUAUUCCAGAGACAUCUUCAAACACACCAAAAGAAACUGCAACUAAAGAAGCUGAUCAGAAAGUAUCAAAGUGUACAUCUGCUACAGAAAAGGGCAGUUCAGACCCCAAAAUUAAAAGUGUUGAUAGUGAUGUGUUGCCAAAACAAGACAUAGUUGAACUGAAGCGCAAGUCUGCUGAACCGAAUGAGGAAAAUGUGUCUGCUCUGAUUGACUGUACAGACACUCUUGUGAGCCUAAGUGAGACGGGUGUUUGUGAUGACAUACCAUUUGACCUGCUCUUUAAACUCGGUGAUUCUGACUCGGAGCCAGAGUUACCUAGCAGUCCAAGUGUUGAACAACAGUGUGUUACAAUGAAUGACAAACAUAGACUUGAAACACCAAAAGAUGACCCAUAUGAAAGCCUUUCUGAUUCGGAGCCAGAGAUGUCUAAUAGUUAUAGUGGUGACAAACAGUCUGAUUCAGUGGUUGAGAGAAACAGAGUUGAACUGUCGAAAGAGAACUCACAUAAAAGUGACUUGGAUGUUAGAGUGAUGGCACGCAAGCACGUGUUGAGCGCGUGGAGCGGCAACGGUCAAAGAUGUCCAGCAGUCGGCUGUUCUAAACAGUUUCUGACAGAAUGCACAAUGUUUGGACAUUGGUGCGAUGUGCACGUGGAAACACUCAAGAACUUCUUCUGUGGCAUCUGUUCCUUUGAGGGCCGAAACAUGCAGUCACUACAUGACCACUGGAGGAUGGAGCAUGAUGUUGUCAACAAAACCGAAGUCUUGUACACCACCGAGUACACGCAGAAUCCAGAUUUCAUUCACCCAGGGCCUCACUAUCGUCUGUGCCGGAUCGAAUGUCUCUGUGGUGCCAUACAACCACACAACGUGAUCUCGGACUCCUCACCAUCUCAUAACAGGGAAGGAUUACGUGCAUCAUCAGCAAGAUCCACACACGGUUCUCAUAGGACAGAUGGUACCAGUUCUUCCAGAGAAAACAGAAUCAUUUGGUUUGACAAAACAGGAACUGUGUGUCCUAUUGAUGGAUGUCAAAGAGCCUUUUUCAGAAAUUACCGUAUUCACUGGUUAAAGUAUCAUGAGAAACUGAAAGCACUUUGGAUCUGUCCAAAUUGUGACGACUUCCAUCCAAACCUCUGGAGUUUGAAAGAGCAUUUAAAGCUUCGACAUGCUUAUACUGAACACAAAAUACAGAGUAUGCUCAGCAGGUAUCAGUUUAAAAAGAAACAUGUAAGAAAUAACAAGUACAUUGAUCCAGGAUGCUUUGUGGCACGUUUUGCACCCCAGUACAGAAAAGCCAGACAGUUGUUGGUUGCUGACGACGCCACAGCGUCUGGUUCAGUAAGUAGCACGCUUUCAGAAUCAGUGGAUCGACAUUCUAGAUUUGCAUCUGAUGACAAAGCUACGACGAAAGUGGCCAAAGAUGAUAGAGAUGCAGCAUUGAAUUCAGACGACGAAGAUGACAUGAUGAAUUCAGACGAUAAAGAAUUUGAGUUGACUUCAAUGAUGGAUGAACAUGGUGGUGAUCUAGGAUCGGAGGAUGAGAUUUUUCCUGAUGAAAUGGAUGUUGUUUGCUAGGAUAUCCGACAUUGUAUUACUUCAAGAAUUGCCCUUAUCACGUUCAAGCUGGACAAAUGUUUUGUGUGGGUGUGAGUGGCUAAUUUCAACAAACAGGCAACAAAAUAAACACUUAUUCUCAACUCAUCUGAGAUGCAGUGGGUGAUCUAUGAUUUCUAGACCCAACCAGUGACAUUUGAUUGUUGUGUCAAAGGCUGCAACAUGUACUGUCCUGUGUGGAUGAAAAUCUCUUAUGUGUGAACCCUGCUACUUCUAAUACUGAUUAAAAGAAAUAAGGAAACACGUGGUAUUUAGACCAAAUUUACUUCACUACUAUCGUAGUUAUUGUCUGUGUAAAAUACAGAGAUGUAUUGUGGGUUUGAAUGUUAGUAAUGUGGGAUUGGCUGUCAAUAGCACAGUUAUGGUUAGCUUCUAGAUACUAUUGCUAAUUUCUUUUCAACAUUACCUGUCCUCAAGGAUUUGCACUUGUUGAGGACAGGUAAUGUAUCUAUAAAAGAGAAAACACUCCAAGUUUUCUCAAUUUCUUUUCAACAUUACCUGUCCUCGGCAAGUGCAAAUCCUUGAGGACAGGUAAUGUAUCUAUAAAAGAGAAAACACUCCAAGUUUUCACCAGUGUUUUAGUUAGUCAAUAUUUGCCAUGACUAGUUAUGUGUUCCCUUAUUUGUUUUCACCAGUACAUAUAUAUAUAUAUAGUAACCAGGGUUUCUGCCAGAAGGUAAAAUUGAUAUGGCGCCAUACCCAAAAUAUUUUGCAGAUUUUAAUGUUUUUUAAGUCGACCUUUUGACAAAAUUAAUGACACUUUAUCAUAACUAUGAUUUUCUUAACCCGAACCCAAAACCUAACCCAUUUUCUUUAUGGGGGAUGCCCCCCACACACCCUAUUGACUGCGGUUGCAUUCAGCAUACACAUUGUAAAUAUUCAAUUUCAUAGCGCCAUACCCAAAGAUUUCUCUCUAGCAGAAACACUGGUAACACGGAUCACAGACUAGCAUAGUAAAGUCCAAAUACAUUUUUUACACAACCAUAUUCUACAUACUACAGUCCUAAUCAAAAUUAUACUUAGAAUCAUGUUUUGCACUGUACACACAAUUGAUGAAAAUCCCUGGAAAUAAGACAUCAAAAAGUUGCCUUUUAUAGAGAAAUUGUUUUUAAUUUUCAAAACAAAAUUAUGCCAUACAAACGUAGAACCAUUAAAAUAUGAGUAUGCUCCUGUAUGACAUCAUUACACCUGACAGACAGGUGUGAUUACAAAAACCAGGUGUAAUGAUACAAUCGGGCCAUAUAGUCUGUUUACAGUUUUUUUAAAGUAGUUUUAUGGUAGUUUUAUUACGAAAAUAAAAAAUAAAUAAAAUGGUAGUUUUAUUAAGAAAAUAAAAAAUAAAUAAAAUGUUAACUUUAUAAAAGUUUUAAAAUGCAACUUUGUUAUGUUUAUUAUGCCUGUUGUUUAUGCACAGUAAUGUGUCAUCAUGAUGCUAAUACAGUUUUCAGGUUUAAAUUGUGACAAGUUUCUUAAAUUGUGUAUAAUAAAUAAAAACAUUUUAAUUAGGACUUCUCAGGGUUUCAAAUUUUACUAUGGCAAUGGCUAAAAAUGCUGUGGUUGUGCCCUGAAAACAGUAAGAUGUCAACUGCAAGAAAAAUGCAUUGGUGCCCUUCCUGGUUUUCCAUCAUGCUCUUCCCAUACAUUCCAUGUUGUAUUUGUAAAAUAGUAAAAUUAUCAUUGGUAAUAUGAUACAAGGCAUCGGUUUCCAACAAAUUGCAUAGGCUAGAGCCCAAGGCACCUGGUUAAAAAUCAUUUUUAAUAAAAAGUAAGUUGCUUUCGUGCCUCUCUUUUGAAGGAAACUUUUGCCUUGGUGACCAAAUAUCUGUUAUUAAACCAAAAGCAACACUUGCCAUGCUCACAUAAAGUUAAAAUUCAACCCCUGUAUUUGUAUUCGAUUGCUAAACUUGACAUUUAUGCUAGAAUUUAAAGCAUUUUUUAUACAGUAUUGAUGUAUAAUUAUGUAGAUCUGUAUAAUCGUGAUUUGCAGUACACAUGUUGUCAUACAUGUAGCAUUAUCAGAAGAGUGUAAUGACAUUUUUCAGUUGUAUUACAAUAAUGAAGAUUUGCACUGUGUAAAUAAUAUUAAUAAAAUGUAUUCAUGUUAAAAGCACAUCAAAUUCUAAAAUCUCAUAGGUACAGGGAAAAACAGAUUUAAAUUUAAAUUCAUCUCUGGAUAAUGUUAUUUUUGGUGGGGGUUUUGUGUUUGUUUAAACUAUCAGUGUUCAAAAUAAACACAUGUCUGUUUGUCCUGACAAGUUAAAAUCUGUUCGGA